AUGGCCGACGGCCACCGUGGCAACGUCGUGGACGUAAACAACUGGGCGGAGUCUGCUGUUAGAGAAAGCGGCAAUAGAGGGUGGCGGGAAAUUCCCGAGCAAAGCUGCCUAUCGAUCUUCGGCGCGGUUCUUUCCAAAAUGUUCCUCUGUUGCUGUUGGCCAGUCCAUAAAUGUGUUACGGUACGUUAUUUUUCCUCUUUUAUCUCUUGGUUCAAACUACACAAUUUUGGUUUUUGUUUCUCUUGACACAACAGUAAAAAUUUUUGAAAUCGCUUAACUUCAAGAAUAAAAAGAUCAAAUUUCAACUUUAAUGACCUUACUCGCAUGCUGAUCAGGUGUCUCAACGGGUGUACCCGUAUUUAACCCGUGUUUCUGAGGUUAUUUUAGUCUCAGUUGGGCUAAAAACGGGGGAACAACGGGUGUAAGAAAAAAAUAUGUAACCCAGCUGGGCUAAAGCGGGGUCUCAGUUGGGCUAAAAAAAUUGCCAAAAAGUUCUAUCAGCUGGGCUUUUACGGGUUUAAUACGGGGGCACCCGCGGAGACCCCGUGUUAGCACGGCGGGGUUACCCUGCUCAGCAUGCGAGUUAGGUCUCGAAUGUGAAUGUUACGCAAUCUGAAUUUUCGAAAGAAGUUCGGAAAAUUUUCUUUUUUUGCCUGAGAUUAAGAUAAUAAUUAAAAAUAACUAAACCUCUGAAAAAAAAACUAAAUUUCCGAAAUGAAGAACAACGGAAAUAACGAAGUUAUUUUUUUCAGUUAAAAUUUAUUGAAUUAUUCACCUUUUCACUCAAAUUUUCCUUCAAAAAGUCCCUAAAAAUUUGAAUUUUAAGGCCUUAGCCCUGUUCGACACGGUGGUCGUCACUAUUUUCGCCUACAAAUCUUUUUAACAACUUCCUUCAAACACACGAAGAUCCGUAAGUGUUUUGUUUUUCUCUUUUUUUCGGUUUGCUUGAUUUAAUUUGCGCCGAUUUUUCGCAGAGGUAAUUUCGAGCCUCGCGUCAUAAUCGAUCAAAGUUCAGAGAAAGAGAGGGAAAAAGAGAAAAAAGUAAACAGAAAAAAAUUUUUUAGUUAGAAGUCCUUCCGCUGAGAACAAGUGUUCAUCUGUUGUUUCGUUGCUCUUUUUUGCUUUGAAGAAUUUUUUUUAAAAUAAUGAUAGACUUCCUAUAAUACAUUUUUUUACUUCUAUCUUUUAGGUUUUUUUCACAGGCUUGUAGUUACCGAAAUGGUAAAAAAAAAAACUUGAUAAAAUGUUGAUUUUGAAAAAUCCUCUUUUUUCUGAAAAACCUGACACCUGAUACAAAAGAUGAAAUGAAUGCGUCUAAGUUUCGAUUUAAAAUAACCUUCUCCGAUUUUAUUUACCGUUUUUCUUGUCCUCUAACCGUGUCUACCGAAUUUCUGCGGAUUAAUCUUUGAUCAAAAUAAAAAAAAUUCAAAUUUGACAAGUAAAUUCUUAUCAGCUUCAUAGGAUUUCACAUUCUCAUUUUCAUUAUUUCUCUGUUUAUUCACUUGAAGUACACAAGAAAGCUCAAAAAUGGAGAAAAAUGAUAAAUAACAUGGCUUUCUUUUCUUUCCAAGACUAGACCCCAGAGAGAUUCCGGCUCAUAAAUCGCAGUUGUUCUUGCUUUUCUUUUCUGGCCCAAGAAUGGGCAGGCCUCAUUUCUCCCCAUCCGCCUAAAAAAAAGAAAGAAGAGAGGAAAAUGCAAUUUGUGUCCUCUCUUUGGGCUGCAAAUGACCGCCGGCGCAAUUCCUAUCUUAUUUUGUUCUUUUUGGCGAUCAAAAAUGAAAAUGCGAAAAUUUGUUUUUUGAGGAUUCGAUUGAAAGUAGGAAAGUUGCUUAUAAAGAUUAAGAAAGCUAACAAAAUUGAAAAAUUGACGGAAGGCAAUUUUUAAAAAAGCUUCGAAAAAUUCCAUGAUUUGCAAAGGAAAGCUCAAAAGAGUUUUCGCUAAAUUAUUUUAAAAAUACCAAAUUUGUUGAAAACAACAACUAAAUGAACUUUUGAACUUUUGGCAAUUCGAAACUUUUCGUUGGCUAAACAAUUUCUCAGCAAACUCAGGAACCUUUUUCUCCUUUUCUCGACUGAAAUCAAAGCUCAAAGCUUUCAAAUCCCCUCACGGAUGAAGAAAAAAACGUCAAAACUCAAAAAUCAAAGCAGCACGCCAUUUUUCCCAGCCUCCUUUUUUAUUCACUCUAAGCUUUGAGCAACGGAAACUCGAUGAAGCAGCAGAUGUUAACAGGAAAAGACGCUCUAGUGCAAAUACUCCUUUCAUAUCAUCUGCCGUUUCCGGUCUGACAUAUGUUGCCACUGUGGAUCCUUAUUAAGCACUUGAGAAAAAAAAACAUUAACUAUAUCUAAGAAAACGUUUAUUGCAAGUCUCAAAAAAGUUUCGAAUCCCAUUUUCUUAGAAUUUUACCUUUUUACAGGCAUUGGACAACAACGUUAUCGCUUCUCUUCUUCUUCACUUUUCUGAUUUGUCAGCUGAUAGCGACCGUAUUUCUCAUCUUGGCUCAUAAGAGAAGUCUCGCGCACUACUGCUUACCGAGGUAAGGUUACACUUAAAUUCUGGGAAAAUGGCUAGUGGCCACUAUAGAGGCUCGCCAAGGACUACUUGGAGAGGACACUAAAGUGGCCACUAAACCCACCUCUAUACUGGGCAUUAUUUUCUGUUUUAGUGGCCACUUCAGUAGUUUUCCAUCCAGUAUUCCUUCAAUCCAGUAUUCCUUUAAUCCAGUAUUCCAUCCAGUAACUCUGAUAGUGUUAAAACAAACAGAUUGGACCCGUUAUGUUGAUCCAUUGACCCCUAAAGUGGCCACUAAAAUUUUUUAGUGGUAUAGUAGUAGCACUUAGACCUCUAUAGCGACCACUAAUUUUUAACUCCUCAAGUGGCCAUUAAUUUGACUACUAUAGUGGCCACUAAAAUUUUUUAGUGGUAUAGUAGUAGCACUUAGACCUCUAUAGCGACCACUAAUUUUUAACUCCUCAAGUGGCCAUUAAUUUGACUACUAUAGUGGCCACUAAAAAUUUUCCCAGUUUAUGCGCUUGAAAAAGCCUUGUCAGACUCAGUUCUAGGCAAAUAGACUAUACGUCGGAAAACGGUCUAUAUUUCAGGUUGACUCUAAUCGCCGGCCUUCUAAUCUGCUCAAUCAUCACUUUCGCCGUCCUUUGCUUUUAUUUCGCAGGCGGCGCCACUACUAUGAAUGAGUUCUACUACAGCGUCUUGGAGGUAUCAAAACUCGUGAAAUUAUGAGUUUAUCGUUUAAUUUUAAGUACUUCUUCGGUGAGGAGCUGACCGAUGCCGAAAAAGUUGAGAUGAAAUAUGAAACGCGUUAUUACGCCGUCGGUUUCACUGCCUUGACGAUCGUCUUCAUGAUUUAUUGGUGAGUUUCGAUUUUUUUUAAAUCCCAAUAACAUUCUAACGUAAGAUAUGUAAGAUACCUUUAAAACGAAAUUUUGAACUCUAAUACUCAAAUUGAAAAAAAAACUUUCAUUUUUUUCCGUUGAGUUUGGAAAAUAUCUCAAUUUUGCAGCGUUUUCGAGCUGCUGCUCACACGCAAGUUCUACAAGCAACUCAACACUUUCAUGCCAGUUUCCACCGAAGCCUCGGCUCCGCCGCCUGCUUUCAAUCCGGAAUACUCCCAGAAGAACUACGUUCCUUGA